AUGUGCAGGCUUCAUGUUCAAGAUUCGAACAACAAAGAUUCUGACGAUGAAGAAGUAUAUAAAAAUGAGGACGACAAACUUUGUCUCUGCCAAGACAGACUACAAGCAAUAUAUCGAGAAGAAUCUAAACUUAAAGAUGAAAUCGUUUACCGGAUCCUCAAUGGAGAAACAGAUACUAUGAAGCCUAAUUCUGAUGAAACGACUCAGAUUCAUGAAAGUCACAUUUCUCUCAAGUUUUAUACGGGAGAAGAAAGAGAAUAUCUUGUAUUGGAAUGGAAUGGUCAUAUUAUGAGGUACACUUAUGAGCAUGGAUUUGUUCCUGAGUAUGUCUAUGGAAAUUACUUUCAAAGGAUUGUGGAUGAGGAGCCUCCAUAUGUUUAG